UCAACUAGAGCAGUCGUGAAUAGGAUGGAUCUUACGCCACCACAUAGUCCGAUAGAGUUUAUCAAUCAAACCUACAUGAAAUCCAAAUUCAGUAUGUACAACCAACCUGAUAUGUACAGUUUAUCCCCACCCUCACCUCCCAUGGACCUGAGGGUGUCCAACACAACCCCUGUCCUACCGUACCUCUCCCCGGCCCUGCUCUUCAGGCAUUGGUUGGACACUCCCCAGAACUUGAACAGUUUGUAUCCUAGAACAUCCAGACCCAAGAAAAGGUUUAUCUGUAAGUUCUGUAACCGUGAAUUUACUAAAUCCUACAAUCUCAUGAUCCAUGAGAGAACUCACACCGACGAACGACCAUUUCCCUGUGAUAUGUGCGGAAAGGCAUUCCGACGACAAGAUCAUUUGAGAGAUCACAAAUAUAUUCACACCAAGAACAAACCGUUUCAGUGUUCAGAUUGUGGUAAGGGGUUUAGUCAAGCCCGUAGCUUCUAUGCGCAUAAAAUCAUCAAUUCUGCUAAUAUUGUUCUAUCCUGUCCAAUCUGUAACACACAUUUUGAUCAGAAGUCGACAGUUAAACCCCACAUAUUAUCACAUACAGACGUGAAGCCGAGACAACUAGCAGAGAUUGCAGACAGACUUUGUGGGUCACGAGCACUAGCCUGCAGGGUUGAGAAGGAAAAUGUCGCAAACAAUCUAGAAAAAUCCACGAAGAAAGAAUUGACGCCGUUUAGUAUCCUAGACAUUCUUGCGUCAUAAAUGAGCGUCAAAUUACAAUAUUUAUCUUCUGCUGUGAUAUUUAAUGUAUUCUAUCUUAUCUUUAAAUAAAUAUUUAAUUCAA